CGAUUCACGUCAUCAGUCAAAUACAGAUCCGCGUGUAGGGUGUACGCGUCUUUUGCUGCAGUAUAAACUUCAAACCACUAUCAAAGAGUUCAAUUAAUUACCAGUUCACUUAAAGCCACGGUGUUAUCUGUGUAUCCUCUUAACCGCAUACAUUGUUUCUGUGUCUACGCAAGCAUCACGGAUUUCUUCUACAAAAUUUCACCCGCGAGCCAUGUGACCCGAUCAGUUUACGCCGGAUCAGCGCAGCGGACGCAUCUUCUCCGAAACAUAGAUAAUAUUAUCAUACAAUCGAUAAUAUAAAACAUAACCGAACUUAUCUUAGUUCUACAGAAAGACUUGGAUAAAACUCGGCCAUUUAAUAACGACAAUCGUAAAAGUAAAGUUCUUUUUAUUGUGCUUUGAAAAUAAACUUGGGAAAUAAAGUUUGGUGCCGCGUUUAAAAGCUUUUGUUACUUGCACAAGUGAUGAGCUAGGUCACUUUUAUUUUCAAAAUAAAAAUAAACUUCUAUUAGAUUUCGUGCUGCGUUUUUAACCAGUACAAUUGGAGUGUUUAUGUACUUUAUGAAAUUAGACUAAACCUGAGAAUUCCAGGGUGUAUUUUAAUUUUACUGUGUUUCUAACUCAUACACAAGUGUAGUGCAUAUGGAUUAUUGAAAUUACAUUAAAGUUAGUAGUGUUGAGUCGCGCUUAAACGCGACUGUAACUCGAACAAGUGUGGUGCUAGUGGACUAUCAGACAUGGCAACUACAGGUAGUGAGAUGUGGCUGCAGUGGUUCGCGUGCUGCUACCAGCCGGCCGCGCAGGCGCAGAGGACUGCUCGGCGGAGAAUAGACAGAUCUAUGAUCGGUGCGCCAACCAAUUUUCAACAUACAGGACACAUAGGUUCCACGGACGUGGACAUGCCGUCGUCGCUGCUGCACUCCAUACAGAACCAGAUGCAGAGCAAGGGCGGCUACGAGAUGCCCUAUGGUGUUAAGGUUUACUGAAGCGACGUUAUCAGAGACACUAGUGACAAAAACAGAGUGAAAAUGUUUUGAAUAUGAUCUUGACAUGUAUUUAUUAAAGAAGACUAGUGUAAGUUUAUUUUUAAGUUUUGUUGUGUACAGAGAGUUACACUGGAGUCAGUAAAAAACUUAAGUAUAUCUGAGUUACCUAAACGGCGCACGAUGGACGCACAGAAAAUUGUUUUGUAUUAUGUAUGAAAUGAAUAAUGGUAGGUUCUCACGGUCCGCAAAGGCACGUACCUCCGAAUUUUCAAGGGGGCAUGGUCAAACCUUAGGCAAGAUAACCUAGUUUGUGCAGUAUGCGUCAGGGCGAAUGAUUAUGUCCCAAUGAUUCCGAAUGAACCCGAUUCAUCCCAAUGCUGCAUCACCGCCUUAAUUUGUUGAGGUUUUGUUGACACUUCGCCUUAAAUAACAGUGCCUUUCAUAUUAUCAUACCUUAAAAUCGACUGGUACAGCUUCGAUAAAUUAUUAUUCAAGUUCGCGCAAGAAGAUAUUUCGGCGAGAUAUGGCGAAUGUUUGACGAAUUUUUAAAAACUCGGUGAGGGUGACGUACGGGUGUGCACUGUGCAGGACGUCCCCCCGCCUCAUACCUGUCGACCUAUCCCGAACUAUAUGUCAGCCCAAAUCUCGAUCGCUACCAUUUCAACUGUCACGAAUCUGUAUACUUAUUCAAAGGGCAGUACGCAAAAUCAUUUAAUAUUAUAAUACUAUUAUUGUACGCAGUGCAUUCGCUAACCAUGAGAAACCACCCUUAUAAGUCUUGCAGAAAUGUUUUUAAGUUAUCUAAAUUAAUUUUACGACUACCUGCGGUGCUUUAUAAGUUAAUGACAAUACCUAAGUGAGCAAGUUUGUUAGCAAAAUGACUUGUCCUAAGAUAACAGGAGAUUGGCAAAUAAGACGGAUUAGAACUUAGUAUGGCGAGUGCCUUGCCUUGGCCUUGGAGAAGCGGGGAUUUCCCGUUGAACUGUAUAGGCUGACUUUCCAUCCGGAGUUUUUUAUUUUCAUUAUAGCAAAGAGGAGCUUGUAAAUAUGAGCUAUGACAAGCUAUCCUAAUAAAAAUUACUCAAUAUAUAGCCCUCACUACAUAGCCUUGUAAAUCUCUAGUGGAAAGCAGUCAUAAUGUUAUGAGUGCUUAGAAGUGUUCUUACAGACGAGCCGCACAUUGUGAUGACAGGGGUAACUGCUAAGUGCUACCGUCAUCGCACGUCCGUCGACGGCAGCCCCCGGCACACGACGACGCGACGCGACGGCCGCAUUUACCUUUGUCAUCGACGAAGUGUUGCUCGUCUAUAAGUACACUAAGCUGUGCUAGUAAAAUGUAUGUUAGAGUCUACAGAGUUUAAAGAUGCUCCUAACUUUAAGAUAGGUGUAACUAAAUGAUUUGCUAUAAUACCUACAUAAAAACUAUUAAGGUUGAGAUCUACGGAGCGCACUUUGACUUUGCUCAGAAUUAAGAGAACGUUAAAAAGAGACAGCGUUACAUCGCUGGCAUAAAUCUAUCUCUUUCUAACUGAAACUUAAGUCUGAGCAAAGACAAAGUACUCUCUAUAGAUCUGACUUAGUGUGCAUGUAAAAUUAAUUGACGGAAGUCGAAAUACCAAAUGAUUCUUCUCACUAAACUACAUGAACUAUACCUACCUAUUGUCUAAGGAUGUAAAUUGUAAAAGUGUGUGUUUUUUGUUAGUUGGACUAUUCUCAUGUUUAGAGUAAGAUGUUUGUAUUGUUAUUAUCCUAAUAUUGUUGAAUAUACCUAUUACAAAGUCUUCUUGCCCGAACCUUUUUGGGCAUACGAACGACUGAUAUGCCAGCGGAUUUAAAGAUAUAUGAUACGGUAUGAGUAGAUACAUACAUGCUGCGGAAAUUUUCUAGACCUAGAUAUCUUCUCUUUUUAUCAUAAAUAUUUUUUCUUUAUCACCCUAAGACUUUGCAUUUGGUGGUUUGGCACUACAGAACAAUUUGCAUUAGGUAUCUAAGAGAGUAACUACCUAUCUAGUAUGCCCCGUAUUUUACAUUUGCCUGUUAUUUUAUGUGCCUGAUGCCCCGUAUUUUACGGGUUACUCCGUAUUCCAGGGCAUGAUAUUACAGGAACCCGUAGAUGCGAAAAUAAAAAACAGGGUAGGUAAAUAAAGCUCCCGUAUUUUUACAAACUCAGCCGGUACUGGUAGGUAUUCGAAACCAAACCCUGACGUUUUGAACAUUAGAAAGAAUAUUUUCCUUAUGUGUUAGCUUAGUUAAGUAUAUCCGAAUUCGGUCCAAGUUUUUUUAUAUCCGUAUUUUCACGGAUUCGGAUCGGGUGAGUGCGUAACCGCUCUUACUAUAUUCGCAUCAUACUGAUAACUACUCAUACCGUGUCAACUAAAUAAUAUGUGAAUUUAGCCAUAAUUACCUAAGUCUAGUAGAGUUUUAUAUGUAUAUCUAUUACACCCCAUACCUACAUGCCAAUUAGCUAUACUUUAGCAAAUCUGUUGAAAUAAUUUUGUCCUUUUAUCAUUGAAACGACAAAGUUGUAUGUAACUCCAAUAAAAUAAAAUAGUUAUUUAUAUAUUGUAAAACAAUUAUAAUAUUCUAUUUGAAAAACAUGGAUUGUAGAAAGAUA